CUCUCCACCCUAGAGUGGAAAAUGUCACCUGGCAAUCGCUAGAAAUACAUAUUCACUCUUUUCUUCUGUUAAGUGUGUAUCCUGCAGUACUGCAUAUACAAUACUCAACAUGGAUAAGACUCUGGAUGCCCAAGCUGCACCCAGCGCCUAUACUCGAGCCACCGAAACCGCACAAUAUGUGCGCUCGCAACUACCCGUGUCCCUGCAGAACCCAAAGGUAGCCAUUGUAUGUGGCUCUGGUCUAGGCGGACUGGCAGAUACGAUUGAGCCAGAACCCAAGGUAGAACUCGCGUAUGGAACGAUUCCUAAUUUUCCUCAAAGUACUGUGCAAGGACAUGCAGGAAAGUUUGUCUUUGGUCACAUCGGGCCCCAGAAGACGCCUGUGGCGCUUCUUGUCGGACGAGCACACUUCUAUGAAGGUCAUACCAUGGACCUCGUCACAUUCGCUACCCGAGUGUGCAAGAUACUAGGCGUAGAGACAAUCAUUGUCACUAACGCAGCCGGUGGCUUGAACCAGAACUACCGUGUCGGCGACAUCGUGUGCUUGAAUGAUCAUCUGAAUAUGGCUGGUCUCGUCGGGAUUCACCCACUACGUGGCCCCAAUAUCGAAGAGUUUGGCGUGCGGUUCCCGCCCCUGUCGGACGCAUACGACCUUGAUCUGCGAAGACGGACGCACCAAGCGUGGGUGAAACUGGGGCUCAAUCAACAGCAAAGGCGGCUGCACGAGGGCGUGUACGCAUUUGUUGCAGGACCAACCUAUGAGACCCGCGCGGAAUGCCGAAUGCUUAACAUGCUCGGGGCCGACGUUGUAGGAAUGUCGACUGUUCCGGAGAUUAUCGUGGCAAGACAUGCAGGUAUUCGCGUGCUUGCAUUCAGUCUGGUGACAAACGUUGCUGUCCUUGAAGCCGGCUCUCGCGGGGAUGAUGCUGAGAUCCAGGCGUUGAGCAGGACAGAACUGGUGGAAAACCUAAGCAAGGGCAAGGCUAACCACGAGGAGGUGCUGGAAGCAGGCCGAGAGGCUGCCAAAGACAUGCAGGCGCUGGUAAAGCAGAUCCUGUCUGACUUGCACGAGGAGUAG